AUGUCGUUCGCAAAAAGUAUGCCAGCACAGCGAGUGCCGGCAUGGAAACGAUUGGGUCUUAAGCUCAAAGGUUCUGCCGACAAUGACAGCACAUCUUUACUGCCGCCAAGUCAGCCUGCAGCAGUAGCGACAAGCUCCCCGUCGUCCAACAUAAGCGGCUACAGCUCCAACAACAAGCGCAAAGACCAUCCCGUCAGCAACGGCAUCGCCGACGAGGCCUCAGUCAGCAAGCGUUCACGCACCGGCCUCGAUCAUACCUUCCAAGGGCGCCGCAAGUCUGUGACGUUUGCCGACGGGACCAAGGGAUCUGAUCCCGUCCCGCCAGUAGCCACUGAGACUCCCUCAAAGCCAAAGUCCAAGAAGAACAAGAAGAAGAGCAAGGGCUCCAAGACCGAGAAGCAGCCGGGACAGGACUUCAAGCCAACACAAAUUCAACCAGAGCUCUCCAAGUACCUCCGUGAGUGGGAAACCUCGAGAGAGAACUGGAAGUUCAAAAAGAACUACCAAACGCUACUUAUCAAAUACGCCUUUACCCCUGAAAUGGUGCCAGCUGCCGACUUUGGCAUUUUCCUCAAAUAUUCUCGCGACAGCAAGGGGGCUUCCCGCGACUGGCUCAAGAAGUCGGCAGAGGAAGUUAGGAAGAAGGAUCUGGAUUUUACCGCCGCAAGUACCGGGGACGUGGCGAAAGGGUCGGAGCAAUACCAAAGCCUGCUCGUGACUAUGCUACAAUCACACCCUGGCAGUGGCACUAAUGCCAACGGCAAACGAGUUCGUGGUGACUAUAACGAGGAGGAUUUCGUCAUGGGUGGCACCAAUGCCGUCGACACACGUGACCCUGAAGUAACGCAGCGUCUGGUCAAAAGACUUCGAGCAGAGUUGGUCCUCGAUGAGCUUUCCAGUGGGGAUGAUUCAGAAGCAACCAUGACGACGUCGACGACGGGAACCUCGGACGCGGAUUCAACCCCUCGAGAUUCAAAGUUGGCGUCGACAUCUGAUGCAGCUGUCUUGGGGGAUAUUGGUGCAAAGGAUGGCAGGCGAAAACGCAACCGCAACAAAAGGACACUUGCCGAAGACGAUGCGAGCAGUAGCAGUGAUAGCAGUGACGACGAGGAUGCCGAAGAUGCGGAUGAGGACGACGAUACUUCGAGCUCAGGAACCAGCAGCAGCGGUUCCGAAGAUUCUGGUUCGGAGAGCGAAGGGACACUGCUGAGGUUACAGCAACAGCGCGAGGAGCUCGACACUUCAUCCGAGUCUUCAAGCAGUAGCAAUUCAGAUUCGGAAAGUUCGUCCGAUGACGAUGAGCUGUAG